GGGGGGGGGGGCGGAGAGGGGAGCCCCGGGAGCGGGAGCGCGGGCCCGGCGCUGCAGAGCAGAGCGAAUCCUGAGCUCCGGCAGCAGGGCACUCUAUUUUCAUGAAUCUUGUAAAAUUCCCACUUGGAAAUGCUAAGAUCAGACUUAAGGACAGCCGAGCCCCACUAGACAGCAAGGAAAGACAUGGCUUUGGUUACAUCUUUCAACAUGACCACUCCACAACCUGCCAUUGAAGGAGGAAUUUCUGAAGUUGAGAUUAUCUCCCAACAAGUAGAUGAAGAAACCAAGAGCAUUGCCCCAGUGCAGCUGGUGAGCUUUGCCUAUCGGGACCUGCCCCUGGCCGCCGUGGACCUCUCCACGGGCGGGUCACAGCUCCUGUCGAAUUUGGACGAAGAGUACCAAAGAGAAGGGUCUAACUGGCUGAGGCCAUGCUGUGGGAAGAGAGCAGCCGUAUGGCAGGUAUUUUUGCUCAGUGCAAGUCUCAACAGUUUCCUGGUAGCCUGUGUAAUAUUGGUGGUGAUUCUCCUGACUCUGGAACUUCUAAUAGAUAUAAAACUUCUCCAGUUUUCCAAUGCAUUCCAGUUUGCUGGUGUCGUUCACUGGAUCAGUCUGGUCAUUCUCUCUGUGUUCUUCUCAGAGACUGUUCUUCGGAUCGUGGUACUGGGGAUCUGGGAUUACAUCGAAAACAAAAUAGAGGUGUUUGAUGGGGCUGUGAUCAUCCUGUCCUUGGCCCCGAUGGUGGCGUCCACUGUGGCUAACGGACCCAGGAGCCCCUGGGACGCCAUCAGCCUCAUCAUCAUGUUCCGAAUCUGGCGGGUGAAGAGGGUCAUCGAUGCCUACGUCCUGCCAGUCAAGUUGGAGAUGGAGAUGGUCACCCAGCAGUACGAGAAGGCCAAGGCCAUUCAAGAUGAGCAGCUGGAGAGACUGACACAAAUCUGUCAGGAGCAAGGGUUUGAGAUCCGGCAGCUGCGUGCACACCUGGCCCAGCAGGACCUGGAUCUGGCAGCCGAGCGGGAGGCGGCGCUGCAGGCCCCACAUGUGCUUAGCCAGCCACGCAGCCGCUACAAGGUAGUGGAGGCCGGCACGUGGGCCGAGGAGACUGCAGCCGAGAGCAUCGUGGAGGAGCUGAGGCCUUCGCAAGAAGCCACGGUGAAAGAUGACAUGAACAGCUACAUCAGCCAAUACUACAAUGGGCCCAGCAGUGACAGUGGAGCCCCAGAACCAGCAGUAUGUGUGGUCACUACAGCUGCCAUAGACAUCCACCAGCCCAAUAUUGCCUCAGACCUUUUCUCAGUCGACCUGCCUCUGAAGCUCAGUGGCAACAGCACCUGCGCCAGCGGCACCUCAGAGACCACCUCCCACUCGGCCUGUGGCUCAGUCACCAGGGCCCAGAGUGCCAGCAGCCAGACACUGGCUUCCUCCACAGACUGUAGCACCCCCCGAGAAGAGCUGUCCUCUAAGCCCAGAUCUUCUCCCCUGCCACUGCUUCUGCCCCCUCAGCAGCUGGUAGCAGAGGCCACAGUCCAGGACCUGAUGUCCUCUCUGUCAAAGGACCCCUGCCCAUCCCAUAAGGCCUUGGACCCAGCACCCCUGGCCCAGCCUACCCCAGUGGGCUCAGUCCAGACCAGCCCUGAGCUGGAGCAUAGGGUAAAUCUGUUCAAUCAGAAGAACCAGGAGGCCCUCCCUGUUCUUCAGAUCAAGCCUGUCAUCCACUUGCAGCCCACAGUUGGGCUGGAGGAGAAGUUCAGAUCUUUGGAAUCCAAAGAGCCAAAGUUGCAUACAGUUCCUGAGGCCUAGAGAGCCUACCGGCUUGUUGAGUGCAAUGAGGGGAGACAGCCAUCUUGAAGCUCUUUCAGGACCCCAGAGGCCACCCAGGGCCAUACAUGGGGCUCAGGAUCCCACCUGAUCUCCCUCAGGGUGCUGUCUGCCUCUAGGGAGGUGACACCAGGCAGAGGCCACAUGCCUCAGACCUCAGUCAGAGUCCAGAGCUGGGGCCUCCUUUUGCCCUGCUCAGGAGAGGGUGGUGCUCCUGGCUGGGGUUUUGGGUUUUUGUUUUAUUUUGUUUUGUUUUUUAAAACCAUUUUUAUAUAAACCAGCCUAUGGCCCAGCUUCAGCAGGGUAGAGUGUGGGGGCCAGCUCAGCCUCUUUCGUUGCCUUCGUUCCUGAUGCCCACCCCGGAUUCUCGGGGACAGCACUGUGAGCAGGGGCUGCCCAGCCUCACCCCAAGCGGUCUUUCUGGAAAUGCUGGGGGAGCCGACACAACCACGGAAACCACAUCCGAGCCUGUCUCACCCGUCAUUCUCUCAUUCCAGCAUGGACACUUCUAAGUCUUCAUAGGCCAUGAGGGGAUGGAUCUGGAGGUGGGAGGGGGAUGGGAGGGGCGGGGCAGCCAUUUUAUGACCCUGGCUUUAAUAAUAAAAGCCAGCUGCACUGAGACUUCUGGAUAGCAGAGGUUUUUGUUUGGUUGCCAUUGUCUACUGUGGUUCAGAGUUCACCUGAUGCACACUUAUCUGGGCCACUCUAUCUCCUCUCUGGCAGCCCCAAGGCCUUUACAGAGCU